UUCGACGAUAUCAACAUGGCCGUGGGUAUCGAGAGUCUCACUGCUUUGAAAGCCUUGCGGGUGUCAGGUCACCAGCUUCCGCGACUGCUUGUCAUGUUUGACCACGGCCAGGAGUGGAUCGCGCGCCUGAUCGCCGAUGUUCUGGGAUAUACUUGUCGCUUCGUGGACGAGGAGAGUGCUAUGGGAUCGUUGGGAGAGGUGGCGGUCAUUGGGGUUGAGGGUUGCAACGUGCGAGAUGUCAAGGGACUUGACCGGGUUGUUCUCGCAACGCACUGCAUUGAUGAGGGAGAGAGGGAUGGAAAGCUAAUUCAAGCUUGCGACUAUGAGUUCUUAUACUCCCAAAACGACCCAGCGACAAGUCGCAAGGAGCUGGUGAGGUUCUUGGGUUUUACUCUAGGACAAGCCAAACCUCACGACGAGAUCAGCCGCAAGCAACGCUCGACCAUGCUCUCACUUGCCUUACCGGACGUUCGCCGGGCCCUCCCCGAUCUGGACAUCGUCUCCAUCGGCGCGGACGCAAUCGAGCUGCGAGUGGACUUGCUCCGUGACACGACAGGCGACGGCCAGUACGAUUUCAUCCCGAGUCUGGAGUUCGUAGGCGAGCAGGUGAUGUUGUUGAGGCAGCGGACUGACCUUCCCCUCGUCUUCACGAUUCGCCCCACCAACGGGAAUGGCCGCUUCCCAACCGAUAAUCCGGAGCUGUGCUACUCUUACCUCCGCAAGGCGAUCCAGUGGGGAUGUGAGUACAUCGAAAUCGAGGGCUCGAUGCCGGAGGUGAUCCGUCGGAAGUUGGCUGCAGAGAAGGGAAACACUAAGAUCAUCUCUUCGUGGUAUGAUCUUUCAGGAGCUUUCAUGUGGAGUUCGCCUGUGGCUGAGAGGCUGUUCAGACUUGGCGCGGUGUACGGAGAUGUCGUCAAGAUGGUGGCGGGUACGAAGACGCAUGAUGAGAAUUACGAGCUGGAGAGCUUCCGGUCGAUGGUGCAGAGGGACUACCCGCAAGCAUUGUUCUGUGGGGUGAAUGUGGGCGCUGUUGGACAACCUUCCCGGACGAUAAACAAAGUCUUAACUCCGAUCACCCAUCCGCUGCUGAAAGGCAACGCAGCUCCAGGCGAGAUGAACGCUGCUCAGAUCAACUCCACCUUGUGCGCUACCUCCCACCUCUCAGCCCUUAACAUCUACGCCUCCUCCUAUAAACACCACCACACGGCCAACUUCUACACGCAGUGCUUGAACGAGCUCUCCCUCCCGUACACCCUCCACACUACAUCGCCAGCCAACCUAUCAGCCUCCCUCGGCCGACCAAACUUCGGCGGCUGCACGAUCACACCUUCGCUCUCCGUCAAACAGACUCCUUGCCUCCCGACUCUCUCCGCCGCCGCAUCUUCAAUCGGCAAGGUCGAUGCCAUUACCGUGCUGUCCACUUCCGGUGCCGAACCCCUCCUCGCCGACAACCUGACCUACCGCGCCAUCCUUAGCACCCUGACAUCCGCAUUUGUUCCCUCCGCUUACACUUCUCGCUCCGCCAUCGUCCUCGCCAACAACGAGUCCUCCGCUGCGGAAGCGCUCUACGCGUUGGGAAUUCUGGGAGUUGCUACAAUCUACACGAUCGGAUUCGAAGCUACGAGUGGCAUUGAGAAUGUGAUGACCAAGAGGAUUGGUGGACUGGAAGAGCUGAGUCGCAUCGAGGAACCCGUCGUUGUCAUCACCGCUUUGCCGGCCCGACAGGCGAAGUGCAUUGCGCCGGUGCUGACGCUUCUCGCCGAGGUGGGAGUGAAGGGUACGACAAGGGAUGAUAGGGCUCGAGGGGUAUUGCUUAACUUGGAAGGAAAGGGAACGUCAGAGGCGGCAGAGAUUGCAGAGCAUCUGGGAUGGAAGACUUUCGAUGCGGUGGAUGUACAGUGUCGAUUCGUGGCGGAGACGCUGAGGCAGGCUUCUUUUAAUCAUGUGGCUUCGCGCUUGCAAGGAGAUCAGGCAUGUGGGGAAAAGCGGCAAUAUCGCGGUUCGACUCCAGCACACGAACGUGUGUAUAGAAAUACCCGCCGCCAUCAUUUCUUCGUCAAUCUCACCCGACGGACUUCUUCCUCCACACCAGGAAGAUUUCGAUGGUACUCAGGAACAAGCGGUGAAUCGUGGAGAGGUCUUCGGCGGCCGACGCAAGCGAGAGGGAAGCCGCACUGCGAGGUCAUCGACUCGUUUGUAAUUGAGAUUCGUCCAUUCGCUGCCUCCUGGCCGAAAGAAGGAGCUCGCGAUGCAAAGGCCGAUCAAUCGUCUCCCAGUGAGGAAAUUGAGCAAGGAUUCAAAGGAGACCAUGAAUUGCAAGAGCUGUCGGAAGCGGAAGACGCAAUACCGAAGAAACGUGGACCAAAAACCGACGUUCUGGAGGCUCUUCUGAAACGAGUGAAUGGAUUGGAAGCUCGACUGAAAGAGGAGCAAAAAUCAUCAUCACCGGAAGCAGAGUCCGCCGGGUCUGCCAAUGAAGGCUAUGAAACAGGUCCGAAUGCAGAAUUCAAAUUCGAACGACGAAAUACCGCUCCUCAGCCUGCAUUGUCAGAAUCCGCGAACAUUCGCUCCUGGGUCCAGGAAACCGCACCUCCACAACAAGAACAGAUUGCAUUCACGAACGCCCUCCUCGACACCUACUUCGCCCGCCUCCACAACAAGCCGUUCUAUGUCCUUGAUGAGAGCGCCACUCGUGCCCGAUUCCGAGAUGGCCGCCUUCCGGUGUUCCUUGUCAACGCUCUCCACGCAGUCACCAGCCGCGUCGUGCCUCAUCUCUUCGGCGGAUAUCAAGCAGCCAUCCAGUUCAGUCAGCUGCACGCCGAUCGCUCACGCUCACAAAUCGAUGUCGACGAGCCGAACGUCGAGAAUCUGCAGGCUUUGCUCCUUUUGGCCACGGCGUACUAUCAAAAUGGCAAAGGCAAGAAGUCGCAGAUGGUGUUGAACCACGCCAUUAGUAUGGCGUACGCGUUGAAUCUGCAUAUUGAGCUGCCAGAGGAUUUGAGGAUAGCUUCGUCGGAGAGGGAAGGGAGAAGGAAGCUGUUCUGGACCUGCUAUGCGAUGGACCGAUUUCAGGUGACUGGGUCGAAGAGACCGGCAUUGAUUGGAGAUGAGUCCAUUCAUUUACGCUUGCCAGCGUGGAGACCGCUCGGGUCGCAGAACGUGAUAGAUGGCGAUUUCUUCUCGAGCAGGUCGAGUAUGUCGCACUCUUCCGGAGCAUUGGGCGCCGCUCAAGGAAUUGGAAGGAUGCUCGUGGAAAUCGUGAGGAUACUCGGCGUCACCAACUGCUACAUCCUCGCAGGGGGUGUCAAAGGCGACUCCCACUUUCCUUGGAACGCCCAAUCUACCCUGUCGCGAAUCCGAGCAGCUCUCGACGGCUGGUCCGCCGCAACGCAAGAUGUCUUCGCCUCGAUCAAUAAUCUCCUCACCUCUCCCGACGGCUCCAGUAUCGUACUGAGCAAGUUAAUAUAUCACCUCGUCCACUGCCUCAUCUACCGACCUUUCCUCCCCAUCGACCUCGCAGAACUGAACGGCACGGGACAGAAUCAAUCCUGGCAAAUCGAAGCAACAAACAUCUGCUUUCAUCACGCCAAUGCCAUCGCCGAACUCGUUCAGAUGGGUCGUAACUCAGCUCUCCUCGACUGGCCAUCGUUCGUUGGCUACUGCAUCGCCACAGCAGGAACCAUUCACAUCCACGGCGUCCACUACAUGUCCUAUCACCCAAAUGAAUCAUACUACAAAUCCGCCGACUACCUUUCAAGAUCUAUGGAUCAACUUCUCGAACUCCGCGCCAUCUGGGCAGGCGUGCAGCACCAAAGAGACACUCUGCAACUCGUUUACUCCAGCCACGCAGAGCUCGUCAAAAACCUUUCCUCGAGUUCAACUCGCUAUACCCCAGUCUUCCAAAUGGAGGACUUCUUCGACCGUUACCGCGGUGCACCAAUCGAUGGGUCAUAUGUCACGUUCUUCGACAUUAUGAUCGCAGACGGAACGCCCUUCGAAACAAGCUCCCGCCGCGACAGCGAUCGAUACUCAGACGAAGCCAAUCAACGACCCACCACCGCCUCCUACCCGUCUUCUCACAUCCUCCACACAGCCAAGAAAACCCGCUCCGCGUCGACGAAUACUCUGCCAUACCCUUCGCCACGCUCAACGAUCCGGGCGUCCAUCGAAUCGCACCCUUCUUCCUACGACCGCCCAGCAAUCUCGAAUUUGUCCUACUCCUCGGCGUCGACGGAGAACGUCGACUACGCCACCGCACUUGUGCAGCAUCAUUCUCACUCCUUACCCAACGUCCAGACCGGGAGUUCUAAUACAAAUGACUUCGCGGACCAUCACUUCAACGACUUCCAUUUCUCGAACGACUUUAGCUUACAGCAAAGCGGAAGCACUGGGAGGGGAAGCGGGGCGGGAGAUACGAGCAGUGUGGAGGAGGCGGAAGAAGAUCCGUUUCUGACACUGCUCGGCACGCUUGGUGAGGGUGAUUUGGGGGUUUUGGGGAGUGCGCAGACGAUGGAUCAUGAGGGGAUGGAGUUUGACUGGGGCAUGGAGUAGGUGGAGGUCUUAAUGCUGAGAACUCGCUGUGCGAAUGCUGGCUGC